UCUAUUACACAAAAAGUAAAGCCAACAAAUUUACACUAUUAUACCAAUACACAUCAGUAAAAUACAUCAUCCAAUACAGUCAUAUAAACAAAAUACAAAUCUCCAUGAAUUACCCAUCUCCAGCAAAAAACAAUCACUGUGAUUGCUCUAACUGCGAUAUGCCAUUUUCUAAUUUCUAUGUUUGCAUUUGAGUUUGAGAGAGCAGAGAGACCCUUUUUGGAUUCUGAGGAUCAGAGCAAAAAUCAAGUGCAAUCCGACCCACCUCCUCCCUCUUUCUGCUCACUUCCAACUUUAGGCCCAUUUUCAAAAGAGGAGAGGAUCCAGCCCAUCCAUUCCCCCUCUUUCAAAUUGAUGAUUCCACGCGGCAUACACACAUUCGAGGUUGGUGGUGGUCCCCACCCACCGCAGUUGCCAAAAUUUGCAUUUGCCGCGCUUCCCUUCAGUCAAAUCCACCAGUCACACUCACACUCCACAGCUUCGGAUUUUGUCAUUUCUCAAACCCCAGGCUCGGCUUAUCCGAACCUAAUCCUACCUGCGUCGCUCUCUGGCAAUACAACACUGACACUGACCAUAAAAAAAAAAAAAAAACCCUAAAUGUGCGCCUUAUUUCCUUCCGUAGAUUCCCAUUUCUGGUCGUUCGAUCGACUCGCGGUCUGAUCAUCAUUCAUCAGAGGCCUUUCUGCUCCGGGGCUCCAGCUCGGCCAUUUCUUCUCAAGACGACCAACUCUCUCCUACGUUCCUCUGGCUCUCUCAUUUGAGUCAGAAAGCUGAUUUAAAAGAAAAAACUUUGGAAUUUUCUUGGACUAGAUUUUCCCAAGAAAACUGAUUAUAUAUAUGCUUUGAAUCGCUUCAAAUUUCAGAUAUGAAGACCAUAUAGCCCUCCAAUCAAACAACCAUUAGAACCACAAAUUUUUGGGACUUGAUUCGGUGCAUGAAGUCAACAUCAGAUCCUUCCUCCAAAUCGUUAGCCGUUAGAUCCAAGCUCUUGAUUCACUCAUGUCAGUCUCACAGCAAGCUAGAGAUGUCGAUCCUUUGCUGAAGGAUUUGAACGAGAAAAAGCAGAGUUUCAGGCGAAACGUCGUGUCUUUGGCUGCGGAGUUGAAGGAGGUCAGAAGUCGCCUUUCUUCACAGGAGCAGUCCUAUGCCAAAGAAACAAUCACUAGACAGGAGGCGGAGACAAAGGCGAAGCAAAUGGAGGAGGAGAUUCGUAGAUUGGAGAAAAGUUUGGAGCAGAGAAACGGACAGCUUCAGGUUUCUGCUUGUACUGCUGAAAAGUGUCUUAAGGAGUUGGACAGUCUUAGAUCACAGCUUGCAGUCACUCAAACGACUGCAGAUGCAAGUGCUGUAUCAGCUCAAUCUGCUCAGGUUCAGUGUUUAGCUCUGUCGAAGGAAUUAGAUGAGAAGAACAAUUCAAUAAAAGAGCACGAAGAUCGUGUAAUUAGGCUAGGAGAGCAAUUAGAUCUCUUGCAGAAGAAUCUUCAAGAAAGGGAAUCUUCUCAAAGGCAACUGAAAGAUGAAGUUCUAAGAAUUGAGCAGGACAUUGUGCAAGCUCUUUCCAAGGCUAGCGCAAGCAAGGAUUGUGAGAUGAGAAAGUUGUUGGACGAGGUAUCACCAAAAAAUGUUGAGAAAAUCAAUAGACUUUUGGUUACAAAGGAUGAAGAAAUUGCCAAACUGAAGGAUGAGAUUGGGGUUAUGUCUGCGCACUGGAAGCUUAAGACUAAGGAACUGGAGUCACAGCUAGAGAAACAGCGGAGAACUGAUCAGGAACUGAAAAAGAAGGUUCUAAAGUUAGAAUUCUGUCUACAGGAAGCCCGUGCUCAAACUCGGAAGCUUCAAAGAAUGGGAGAACGGAGGGACAAAGCUCUUAAAGAACUUAGAGAUCAGUUAGCAGCAAAACAACAGGAUCCUGCUGCCAACCCUGAAAAGCAUAAUUUCUGGGAAACCUCUGGAUUCAAGGUAGUGGUAUCCAUGUCAAUGUUGACCUUAGUGGUGUUGUCAAAGCGAUGAAGUCUAUUGGUUCUCCAGUCACUUUUGUGAAUAAAUACUCGGGUGCUUUACCGUGUAGGAGUUUAGAAAAACUACAGCCAUUUUGGUUGUUUAAUAGCGCUUUGUAGAUUUUCCCCGUAUGUAGUAUCAACUAAGAAAAGAAUGCAUAAAGUCAGUUGAGAGAACAUUUUUGUUGUUAUCGUAAUUAGUUAAUUACAACAGAGCUGCCACUCAUUUGCCUGGCAUCUAUGGCAAAUUGACAGCAAAUAGGCAUCGAUCUAAAGGCAAAAGUCAUUAUCUGGUAGAUCAGAACUUGUUUGUUGAAGUAGCAUUAACAGCAGCAUGAGACAGUAAACUAGUUUUUGUUUGCAGA